AAAAAUACCUCUCUAAUUACUCAAAUAAAAUCUAGUUCAUUUAAAUAAAGUUAGUUAAACAAUGAUCAACUCUUGUAUGUCAUUAAUUGAUUGUAAAUCAAACUUUUUAUCAAUUGCAAUCAACUGAUAUGUAUAGAUUAAUGGAAGAUAUCUCACAAAAAGUUAAUAGCAAUAAAAAUAUAAAAUCAGGCCAAAAAUGUUUGUGUCUUCUCCACCAACUAUGAACAUCAACUUGCUCGUGAUUAGAAAGACAAGCAUUGGCAAAAUACCUUGGAAAUCAACCACGUAAUCGGCGAAACGACUGGAGGGGAACUUUUCGUACAUAUAGAGUGCCAUAAACAUCAUUGACGCGUUUAAUCUUUUGGAGUCAUUGCCUAGAUCGUAACGACGAUUGGAAGACGAUAGAGCAGGCAAAAUCUGCACGUGAGAGGUUGUGGUUGAAGAAGUUAAAAUUAUCGUUGGUUCACCAUUGGAAAAACAGUACUCAAUAUGACUCCAGGAAUCCACAAAAGAAGAAUUUCAAGGGCGGAGAAUAUGAAGGAUCCAUUAAAUCGACCUAAAGCAUCAAUAGGAUGUCGACAUGUCCAGGUCCUUAUGUUAACCUUUGGAUUUUUCUGCUGUUAUGCUGUUAGAGUUGCCUUAUCAAUUUCACUGGUGGCUAUGGUGAAAGAUAAUUUAGAUAAUCCAGAAUUCAAACGUUUUGAUUGGAACAGUAAUAUUCAAAAUUGGAUCCUCAGUUCUUUUUUCUGGGGUUACGUUAUAACACAUAUACCCAGUGGUGAAUUGGCUCAACGACUUGGAGCUCAAAAGUUUUUCUGCUUUGCUGUGGGACUUUGUGGCCUUCUAACAAUGUUUAUUCCCGUAGCAGCAACGUACGGUGGUUGGCAAUUAGUUAUUGUCCUCCGAGUGGCCACGGGCGCGUGUCAAGGUGUGGUACCACCAUGUAUACAUUCCAUUCUGUCUAAAUGGGUACCAGUGGAAGAACGAGGAAGAGCUGGAAGCUGCACGUAUUCUGGAGGUUGGUUUGGAAACGUGAUUGCUCUAUUAAGCUGCGGCAUGAUCUCAGGUUCGUCAUUAGGAUGGCCAGGCAGUUUCUACAUCUGGGGGAGCAUCACUAUAUUUUGGGCGGUGGUAUACUACUUUAUAGGCAAAGAAUCACCAGCAGAUCAUCCCAAUAUACCUUACGAUGAAAAAGAAUACAUUGAAACUAGUCUUGGAGUUACAGAAACUGUCGAACCAUUAAAAACACCUUGGAUUCCCAUCUUGACCUCAGUACCAGUCUGGGCUCUAUUGAUUGCCCAAUGUUCUCAAGCCUGGGGAUUCUGGAUGCUCCUGACAAAAACACCAACAUAUAUGGAUAAUGCACUUGGCUACAAAAUUGAAGAGAACGGUGUAUUCUCGGCGUUGCCGUAUUUGGCAGCAUGGUUAAUAGGUUUUCCAAUUAGCUUCGCAUCGGACAAAUUAGUGAAAAAAGGCUAUGUGUCAUUGCAAGCUAUGAGAAAAAUAGCUAAUACAAUAGGAGAAUUUAUACCAGCUGCUGCACUCAUUGGUCUCAGUUUUAUUACAAGCGAACAUCGUAACAUUGCCGUUGCUGUACUCAUCGUAUCUGUAGGAUUUAAUGUUGCUGUCUUUAGUGGCCAUCAGAUGAAUCACAUGGAUCUUAGCCCGAACUUUGCAGGCACAUUGAUGGGUAUUACGAAUGCUACUGCUAACAUAUGCGGUAUUCUAGCUCCACUUAUUUAUGGCAUCAUAGUUUCAGAUCCGACUAAUAUUACUCAAUGGAGGAAAGUUUAUUUACUUUCAGCAGCAAUUUAUAUAAUUGGUAAUUUAGCAUUUGUAUUCUUUGGCAAAGCGACAGUACAGCCGUGGAAUGAUGAUUUAAAGAAAACACAAUUAAUGAAUGGAAAUUUCGAAAUUAAAAAGCCAGAAAAAAAAAAUGAAAAAAAUACUCUUAGUCAUAGUAUUUCAUAUUCUCAAAAUACUCAACAAGAUCUCAAAUAACUUACAUUUCUUUAUCGCCACAAUGCAAAUGUUUCUAUUUUUUAUAAGUAUUUAUACUGUAAAUAACUUUUAUUUAUAAGAAUA